AUGCCGGUGAUGAAGGGCCUCCUGGCCCCGCAGAACACCUUUCUGGACACCAUUGCUACACGCUUCGAUGGCACCCACAGUAACUUCCUGCUGGGUAACGCCCAGGGCCACCGGGGCUACCCCAUCGUCUACUGCUCGGACGGCUUCUGUGAGCUGACGGGCUUCACCAGAACCGAGGUGAUGCAGAAGAACUGCAGCUGCCGCUUCCUGUACGGAGCCGACACCAGCGAGCACGUGGCCCAGCAGAUGGAGAAGGCUCUGGAGGGCCGAGAGGAGUACCAGGCCGAGGUCCACUUCUACAAGAAGAACGGCGCGGCCUUCUGGUGUCUGUUGGACAUCGUGCCCAUAAAGAACGAGAAGGGCGAAAUGGUUCUCUUCCUCUUCUCAUUCAAGGACAUCACCGACACCCACGGAAAGAGCCACCACAACAGCAGGAAGGAGGUUUCAGAGGACAAGAGGCGCAGGAGGAAGAGCAGCUCCCACUUCAGCGAGGCCAGGAAGCGUGGACGCACCAUGUUGUACCAGCUGACCAGCCAGUUCUCCAGAGGAGGCAAAGGAGAGGUCAACCUGGGCGGAAACAUGAUGGACAAACCCACGAUACCCGAGUACAAGGUGGCAGCGGUGCAGAAGUCCCGCUUCAUCCUGCUCCACUACAGCGUGUCCAAAGCCCUGUGGGACUGGCUCAUUCUCCUGGCGACCUUCUACGUGGCGGUCACGGUGCCCUACAACGUCAGCUUCACGCCGCACGACGACGCCGUCACGGCCGCUCGCUCCACCAUCGUCAGCGACAUCGCCGUGGAAAUGCUUUUUAUUAUAGACAUUAUCCUGAACUUCCGCACCACCUAUGUGAGCCAGUCAGGCCAGGUGGUGUACGAGGCGCGCUCCAUUUGCAUUCACUACGCCACCACUUGGUUCUUUGUGGACCUGGUGGCCGCCCUGCCCUUCGACCUGCUGUAUGCCUUCAACAUCACAGUGACGUCCUUGGUCCACCUGCUUAAGACCGUUCGCCUCCUGCGCCUCCUUCGUCUGCUUCAGAAGCUUGACCGCUACUCUCAGUACAGCGCCAUGGUGCUGACCUUACUAAUGUCAGUGUUCGCCCUGUUGGCACACUGGAUGGCUUGCAUCUGGUACAUGAUUGGGCGCAGGGAGAUAGAGACCAAUGAGACCUGGGACAUAGGGUGGCUCCAUGAGCUGGGCAAACGUCUGGAUUCGCCCUACGUUAACAGCACGGUGGGCGGCCCGACGGUACGCAGCUCCUACAUCGCUGCUCUCUACUUUACCCUCAGCAGCCUGACCAGUGUGGGCUUUGGAAAUGUCUGUGCCAACACCGAUGCUGAGAAGAUCUUCUCCAUCUGCACAAUGCUCAUUGGCGCACUGAUGCACGCCGUCGUCUUCGGUAACGUGACGGCGAUCAUCCAGCGGAUGUACUCAAGACGGUCCCUCUACCACACACGUAUGAAGGACCUGAAGGACUUCAUCCGUGUCCACCGUCUGCCACAGCAGCUUAAACAACGCAUGCUGGAGUACUUCCAGACCACAUGGUCUGUCAACAAUGGUAUAGAUGCCAACGAGCUCCUGCACGACUUCCCUGAUGAGCUGCGGGCUGACAUCGCCAUGCAUCUGAAUAAGGACAUCCUCCAGCUGCCGGUCUUUAAGGGGGCCAGUCGAGGCUGCCUGCGCUCACUCUCCCUUCACAUAAAAACCUCCUUUUGUGUCCCUGGGGAGUACCUGAUCCGUCAGGGUGAUGCACUGCAUGCCAACUACUUCGUCUGCUCCGGCUCACUGGAGGUGCUGAAAGAUAGCAUGGUGCUGGCAAUAUUAGGGAAAGGGGACUUGAUUGGGUCUGACCUGCCUGGAUCAGACCAGGUGAUCAAGACCAACGCUGACGUGAAGGCGCUCACCUACUGCGACCUCCAGUACAUCAGUGUUCGUGGCCUCAGAGAGGUGCUGGAGCUCUACCCUGAGUAUGCCAGCGUGUUUGCCUCCGACAUCCACAACAACCUCACCUAUAACCUGCGUGAAGGCAGCCAGGACGAGCGUCAGUUCUUGACCCUAAGAGUUUCUGUGAUGGGUGUUGCUAGACCGCCGCCGUCGUCUCCCCCUCGUCUGCUGCAGACGCUCAGACAAGUUGUAUCCUCGCUGUCUCUUUCUCACUUUCUCACUCUUACCUCCUCAUCUCUUUUUUUUUUUCUUUUUUUCUGCGGGGUUUUGGUUGCAUCUCCUCUUGGGCUCUCCAAUUUACCCUGCAGCUACUGUAUGUCUCACACUCGCAG